GGAGAGUCGUGGAGAGAAAUAUCAAAGUCUACGUGUCAGCUGCAGUAACAGGAUGUGGAGGGAGGAACUGUGAAGUUUAGUUCCUGUUUGAGGUGUAAUCACUCUUCGUGUUCUCAUAAAGACUCCACAGAUUCAGUUCUCUCAGUCUGCAGGAGAAUCUACAAUCAACAAGACUUCAGUUGUUGUUUCUCUGUGAUGUUUGGACUCAAAAGCAAGACUCAGCCACAGAGAACAUCUGGCUGUGGACUGGUGUUUAUGGAAAUGGCAAGUCCUUCAUGUUGAAAAUAUUCUGGGAUUUUAACAGGGAGAAAUGAAGACGAAGGAGGACCUACUGAACACUCUGGAGGAUUUGAAAGACGAGGAAUUCAAGAAAUUCAAAUGGUUUUUGGAGCAGCCUGAUAUCCUGGAAGACCAUCAAGCCAUCAAAGCAUGCAAGCUGGAGAAGGCAGAGAGAUGGGACACCGUGGAUCUGAUGGUGCAGACCUACCAACUUCCUGGAGCUGUGGAGGUGACCAAGAAGCUUUUAAAGAAGAUCAACAGGAAUAAUCUGCUGCAGAGUUUAUCAGACAGCAGCUCAGGACCAGAAGUGGAUGUCAGCGAUGCCUGGGAGACUUCAGAGAACAGGGGACCUUCCUCCUCUCAGACUCGUCCUCCUUGUCAUCUUCAUCCUGUACCUGAACUUCCCUCACACACCAGUCAGAGUGAAGACGAUAUCAAUGAUGAUGAGGAGGCUUCAGAGAACAGAAAACUUUCCUCCUUUCAGCUUCUGACUGACAGCAGUCAGAGCGAAGAUGUGAUGGUUCCUGUACCAGAGCCAAAACCCAUCACAUAUUACCAACACAUGCUUAAAUUAAACCUCCAAGACAGAUUUAUGUGUGCACAAGAGGGUUGGAUGGCGGAUAAGCAACGUCUUGAUCAUGUCUACACAGAGCUGUACAUCACAGCUGGUGGUGACGUACAUAUCAACACACAGCAUGAGGUCAGACAGAUUGAAAUGGCAGCGAAGCCAGCAGAAACAGAGAAACCAAUCAAACCCUGUGACAUGUUCAAACACCCUUCUGGAGAAUACAGACCUAUAAGAACAGUUUUGACCAAUGGAAUCGCAGGAAUUGGAAAGACAUUCCUUGUACAUAAGUUUGUGUUGGACUGGGCUGAAGGAAGGGCUAAUCAAGAUGUGCAUCUCAUUUUUCCCUUCACCUUCCGUGAUCUGAAUCCACUGAAGGGAGAAAAGAUUAGUUUGGCUGAGCUCAUUCAUGAAUGCAUCCCAGAAACUAUAGACAUCAAGGAGGAGGCUCUAAAUCACAUCUUUACAACUCUACAGUCAUCAGGAAACACCAACUAUGACAAGAGCAAAUACAAGCUUCUGUUUGUUUUGGAUGGACUGGAUGAGAGCCGCCUUCAACUGGACUUAAAUAGCAACGACAUUCGCUCCACUGAUGUAAGAAAGCCAACUAGAAUAGAAGUAUUGCUGUGGAAACUCAUCAAUGGGAAACUGCUACGCUCAGCUCGCAUCUGGAUAACCACACGACCUGCAGCAGCCAGUCAGAUUCCUCGAGAUUUUGUCAACAGCAUGACAGAGGUCAGAGGGUUCACUGACCCGCAGAAAGAAGAGUACUUCAGGAAGAGAUACAGAAAUGAGCAGCAGGCCAAAACAAUCAUCUCCCACAUCAAGACAUCACGAAGCCUCCACAUCAUGUGCCACAUCCCAGUCUUCUGCUGGAUUACUGCUAUAGUUCUGGAGGAUGUGUUAAAAAGCAGAGAGGGAGGAGAGCUGCCCAAAACCCUGACUGAGAUGUACGCAGAAUUCCUGGUGUUUCAGAUUGAUCGGACAAAAGAAAAAUAUGGCCUAGAAAAGUGCAUUCAGUACAUUAAGUCAUUAGCAAAACUGGCUUUCCACCAGUUGGAAAAGGGCAACCUGAUCUUCUACGAGAAAGACCUCAGAGAGAGUGGCAUUGAUUUCAAUGAGGCCUCAGUGUGCUCAGGAGUGUUCACACAGAUCUUUAAAGAGGAACGUGGGAAGAAGAAUGACAAAAAGAUGUUCAGCUUUGUCCAUCUGAGUGUUCAGGAGUUUCUUGCUGCUCUCCAUGUGAAAAUGUCACUCAUCAACAGCAACAAAAAUGUGAUGCCUUUUCCACGACCAACAGUCCAAAACGUGCAACUACUUGUAAGGAAAACCUCUACAAAGAAAAUCCACAGUAUUUCCAUUGACAAGGCCUUACAAAGUCCAAAUGGACAUCUGGACCUGUUCCUUCGCUUCCUCCUAGGCCUUUCACUGCAGACCAAUCUUGAUAAACUAGAAGACCUGCUGACAAAGAGAGAAGGUAGCUCAGAGACCAAUCAGGAAACAGUCUGGUACAUCAAAAAGAAGAUCAGUGAGAACCUGUCUGCAGAGAGAAGCAUAAAUCUGUUCCACUGUCUGAAUGAACUGAAUGAUCAUUCUCUAGUGGAGGAGAUCCAACAGUACCUCAGUUCAGGAAGUCUCUCCACAGAUGAACUGUCUCCUGCUCAGUGGUCAGCUCUGGUCUUCAUCUUACUGUCAUCAGAGAACGAUCUGGAUGUGUUUGACCUGAAGAAAUAUUCUGCUUCAGAGGAGGUUCUUCUGAGGCUGCUGCCAGUGGUCAAAGCCUCCAACAAAGCUCUGUUGAGUGGCUGUAAUCUGUCAGAGAGAAGCUGUGAUGCUUUGUCCUCAGUUCUCAGGUCCAAGUCCUCUAGUCUGAGAGAGCUGGACCUCAGUAACAACAACCUGCGGGAUUCAGGAGUGAAACUGCUCUCUGCUGGACUGAAGAGUCCACACUGCACACUGGAGACUCUCAGGCUGAGUGGCUGUAAUCUCUCAGAGAGAAGCUGUGGAGCUCUGGCAUCAGUUCUCAGCUCCCGGUCCUCUAGUCUGAGAGAGCUUGAUCUGAGUAACAACGACCUGCAUGAUUCAGGAGUGAAACUACUCUCAGCUGGCCUGGAGAGUCCACACUGUGCACUGGAGACUCUCAGUCUGUUAGGCUGUCAGGUCACAGAGGAAGGCUGUGCUUCUCUGGCCUCAGCUCUGAGAUCCAACCCUUCCCAUCUGAGAGAGCUGGACCUGAGCUACAAUCAUCCAGGAAUCUCAGGAGAGAAGCUGCUGUCUGCUGGACUGGAGGAUCCACACUGCAAACUGGACACUCUCAGGCUGGAUCAUGGUGGAAAGCAGAGGCUGAAACCUGGUCUGAGGAAGUAUGUCUGUAAACUCAGACCGGACACAAACACAGCACACAGAAACCUCAAACUGUCUGACAACAACAGGAAGGUGACAGUGACAGAGCAGCCAUAUCCUGAUCAUCCAGAGAGAUUUGAUCACUGGUAUCAGCUGCUGUGUAAAGAUGGUCUGACUGGUCGCUGUUACUGGGAGGUCGAAUGGAAAGGAGAUGUUCAAAUAUCUGUGACUUACAGAGGAAUCAGAAGGAAAGGAAACAGUGGUCUCUGUAUGUUUGGAAGAAAUGAUCAGUCCUGGAGUCUGAGAUGCGAUGAUGAGGAUGGCUACUCUGUCUGGCACAAUAACAUUGUAAUCUAUCCCCCCUCCUCCUCCCCGUCCUCCUCUGUCUCUAACAGAGUAGCAGUGUAUGUGGACCAUCCUGCUGGCACUCUGUCCUUCUACAGAGUCUCCUCUGACACAUUGAUCCACCUCCACACCUUCAACAGCACAUUCACUGAACCUCUGUAUGCUGGGUUUAAAGUCUGGGGGACUGGUUCUUCAGUUUCUCUGUGUUCACUGUAGAAGGAAGAGUCUCCUCCUGUGUAGAGAAACACUCAC